UUAGAGUAUUUAAGAUGAUGUUUCAACAUUUUGGAUCUAUUGUUUUAUGGGUUUCAAUGAUGAAAAAAAUUACCUAACUAAGCAAACAUGCUACUAUAACUAUUUAACCACAGAGUAUCACUUUCAUAAACUAUUCAGUUCUGAUUUUGGUUUAAUUUUACUUGGGGACAAUGUUUACAUGCCUAGAAAUAAUGAUUGAUAUGUAUCUGUGUAUAGAUACACUUAAUACAUCAGUCCAUAUUUGAUAUUGGUAAUUUGAUGAAUGUAUAAGUGCAUAUUUGAUACCAGGUACACAUAUCUAAGCACGGAUACAUCAAUGUAUAUUUGAUACUUGAUACUUGAUACAUGAAAUUGGAUGAAACUGAUAAAGGAUACACCAGAUAAAAUUGAUAUUGGAUGCAUUGAUGAUAUUGAUAUUGAAUACAUAUACGCUGCAUAUAUUAAUGCAUAUUUGAUACCGGACAAAUGAACCUAAAUUAGAGUACAUCCAGAAAAAUUAUGUCUUGUCAUUCGUCAUCAAUCUUCAAUUGCCUAAAUAAAUUCUAAGGUCCUGUUUAUUGGAUGUUUACUUGUUAGUAUUUAAUUCCUUCCUGUUUGAUUACAAGGAUAACUUUUCUAUAAAUAAUAAAUUUCUACAACUAACCUACAUUAUUAAGGAUUAAACAAAUACCUAGCCAAGAAAUAUUGAUCAAUUUAGAUUACAAAAUCAAGACUUGAUGACACUUAUUUAUUCUUGUUCUAAACUGCAAAGAUCUUCAUACAAGUAUAAUAAAACUAGAUAAUUAUCAGAAAUAAUACUACAAUUCUGAUCAUCCAUGGACAGUCUUUGUCUGUAUUUCCCAGUUCUGUUCCUUGUUCUUUAUAUCAUAAGCCACCAAUUUCUUGACAAGAUACAAAACCUUCCACCUAGCCCAUUUCCAGCACUCCCUUUCAUUGGCCAUCUCUACUUAUUGAGUAGACCUUUCCAUAGGGCUUUAUUCAAAGUCUCGAAUCAUUACGGUUCAGUAGUGUUUCUUCAAUUUGGCUCUCGGCCUGUCCUCCUUGUUUCAUCACCUUUAGUAGCAGAAGAAUGUUUUACUAAAAAUGAUAUCAUCUUUGCCAAUCGUCCUGAUUUUCUCAGUGGUAAGUAUUUCGGGUACAAUUUUACUAGCCUCGCUUGGUCUUCUUAUGGAGAGCACUGGAGAAAUCUUCGAAGAAUUUCCACUCUUGAAGUUUUAUCUUCCUAUAGAAUUCAGACACUAUCAAUCAUCCGUUCUGAUGAAAUAAACUACCUGAUUCGCAGACUCUUUAGAGUCUCCAUAGAGAGUUCAGAAAUAAUUGUGGAGAUGAAAUCAUCUCUUUUUAACUUCACGUUCAACGUGAUAUCAAGAAUGAUUGCAGGGAAAAGAUACUAUGGGGGGAACUCAAAAGAAGCUAUGCUAUUCCAGGAUAUAUCAAAGGAUACAAUAAACACUGCUCCAAAGGCUAAUAUUUUGGAUUUCUUGCCAUUUAUGAGGUGGUUUGGAUUGCAUAGUGUUGAGGAAAAGAUGAUGGAACUACAGAAGAAGAGAGAUAACUUUAUGCGAAAGGAAAUAGACGAGCAUAGUCGAUUAAAGAGCAGUGGUUCUUUUCCUUCAGCAGAGGUUGUCGCAGGGAAGAAGAAAACUAUAAUGGAAGUUUUGUUAGAUUUACAGAAAACAGACCCCAAAUACUACACAGAUAAAAUGAUUAGAAACCUACUGCUGAUCCUACUCCAAGCUGGAUCAGAUACUUCAGCAAUAACAUUAGAAUGGGCUUUUUCACGCUUGCUUGACAAUCCAGAAAUUUUAAAGACGGCACAAACUGAAAUUGACAAUCAGGUUGGACAAGACCGCCUGAUUGAUGAAUCCGAUUUGGCUCAACUUCCUUACAUCAGAUGCAUUAUCAAUGAGACAUUGCGGAUGCAUCCAGCAGCCCGUUUACUUUUGCCUCACCUUUCAUCAGAAGAGUGCAAAGUCUCAGGAUAUCGAGUUCCGCGUGGAACAAUCCUAUUAGUGAAUGCAUGGGGGAUACAUCAUGACCCUAAGGCAUGGGAGGAUCCAGAAAAGUUCAACCCUGAUAGAUUUAUAGGCUUUGACAGUGUCAAAGAGGGCUGCAAGUUUAUUCCGUUUGGAUCAGGAAGGAGGGGUUGCCCUGGUGAGAACCUAGCAAUUCAUGUCAUUGGAUUGGCACUAGGUUCACUUCUUCAAUGCUUUGAGUGGGAUAAGCCCAAUAGUGAGAUCAUAGAUAUGAGCGAAGGCACUGGAUUCACAAUUUCACCAAAGGUUCAGCCGCUGUUAGCAAAAUGUUCUCCACGACCACACAUGGUUAAACUUCUUUCUGAAAUAUGAGAAUCUAAUAAUGUACGCCAUCAUAAUUCCACAUGAAUAACUAUGUAUUUUUAAGA